ACACCUCCUUUCUUGCGUCACAGGCGUUCCAUUUUGGAAGGUUGUUUUCAGAAUCCGCGAGGAAAGGCCGCACUUUUCACUCUUCUGCGUAAUUUUCCUCGGUUUGCUUCCUUUUCAAGCCUCCGUUUUUAUUUCAAGAUAUCUUCUCACUUGAUCAGUAACUUCGGUCGACCCUGACAGGAGAAAAUGCUUCGUCUUUUCGUUGGAAACGUUUUAAGUCAAGGUGGGAGGGCGGUCCAAAAUGGCCUUGGGGGGAGGGCAAUGCCGGCUGCGGCCUCGCAAGCUCAGAGAAUGUGUUCUAGCGCGUCCGAUGAAGAGGUAGACGACCCGAAUUUCUUUCACAUGGUGGAAGGAUUCGUCGAAAGGUCGGUGGAGAUCGUGAAGGAUAAGCUUGUGGAGGAUAUGAAGGGAAAAGGUUCGGUGGAAGAGAAGAGAAAACGCGUGGAGGGCAUCCUAAAGAUCAUCAAGCCCUGUAACCACGUUCUGGCUGUGUCCUUCCCCAUCAAGAGAGACAACGGAGAGUUCGUCAUGAUCGAGGGCUACCGGGCACAACACAGCCAACAUAGGACGCCAUGCAAAGGAGGCGUACGUUACAGCAUGGAUGUCACUGCUGAUGAAGUGAAGGCCCUGGCAUCACUUAUGACCUACAAGUGUGCUGUAGUUGACGUUCCAUUCGGAGGAGCGAAAGCUGGACUCAAGAUCAAUCCCAAGGAGUUCUCUGUGACUGAACUUGAGAAAAUUACGCGACGAUUCACUGUUGAAAUCGCCAAGAAAGGAUUUCUUGGUCCGGGAUUGGACGUCCCUGCGCCGGAUAUGGGGACGGGAGAGCGGGAGAUGAGUUGGAUGGCCGACACGUUCUCACAAACCAUGGGCCACAAUGAUAUCAACGCCAACGCAUGCGUCACCGGGAAGCCUAUUUCACAGGGCGGCAUCCACGGGAGAAUAUCCGCGACGGGCCGUGGAGUGUUUCAUGGGAUUGAAAACUUCAUCAAUGAAGCCACCUACAUGAGUGCAGUCGGGCUCCCGCCAGGCUUCCAGGAUAAAACCUUCAUUGUGCAGGGUUUUGGUAACGUGGGUCUCCACAGCAUGCGGUACCUGCACCGUUACGGGGCCAAGUGCAUCGGUGUGCUGGAGAUCGAUGGUAGCAUCUUCAACCCGGAGGGCAUUGACCCCAAGGAACUAGAGGAGUGGAAACUGGCCAACGGCACAGUGAUGGGUUUCCCAGGAGCUCAGACGUACGAGGGAAACCUCCUGUAUGAGAAGUGUGACAUCCUGAUUCCUGCUGCUGGGGAGAAGGUCAUCAACAAGCACAACGCUCCGCUCAUCAAGGCCAGGAUCAUUGCUGAAGGUGCCAAUGGGCCGUGCACCCCCGAGGCAGACAAGGUCUUCCUGGCCAAUGACCAGCUGGUUAUUCCGGACCUGUACCUGAAUGCUGGUGGUGUGACUGUCUCAUAUUUCGAGUGGUUGAAGAACCUGAACCAUGUCAGCUAUGGCCGCCUCACCUUCAAGUGGGAGAGAGAAUCCAACUACCAUCUACUAGAGAGUGUGCAGGAGAGUUUGGAGAGGAAGUUUGGGAAGAUGGGCGGACGCAUCCCGGUCACCCCGUCAGCUGACUUCCAGAACAGGAUUGCUGGUGCCUCUGAGAAGGACAUUGUGCACUCAGGACUGAGCUACACCAUGGAGCGCUCUGCCAGGGCUCUCAUGCGUACCUCCGUCACCUAUGGCCUGGGCCUUGACAUGCGCACGGCAGCCUACGUUAAUUCCAUAGAGAAAAUUUUCCGCGUUAUGGAGGAGGCAGGACUGACGUUUGCUUAAGGCUAUAAUGCAGACAGCGAUGACAUAUAACAUGGGGCUGGACCUGAGAACAGCAGCCUUUGUCAACUCUAUCGAGAAAGUCUUCAGUGUCUAUGAUGAAGCAGGGCUCACAUUUUCAUAAGUCUUAAGAUAUAUGAGACAAAACUUGACACUUUGCGUUUUUUUCUUCACAAUUCGAGAAGGAAGUGUUACAGUAACUGUGAUAAAGGAUCGCUGAGAGUAUGAUUACAUGGUGUACAGCCAUUUACUGAUUAAAGGUAUUUAAAGUUGAUUUCUACCCAAGGUGCAUGACAGUGAAGAUUUUGCAAUGUUUGGAAUUCUAUUACAGUUUAAACAGAUUAAAUGGUACAAUGCACUUAGAAUUAACUAUUAACUGAUUUAUUAAGUAUGAGGAUGCUGAAUCAAAUGUGAUCACUACAGAUUUUGGACCACUUAUAAUAAAACUGGUUAGACCUUUUUACUUUACCAGAUGUUUUUGUGUAUGGUGGAUAUCAGUUUAUACGUAUACAUUUUAUACAUUAAGCAGUAUUUACAAUACAAAAACCAUUCUACCUUGUCUUCAAUUUAAAACUGUUCUGUCUUUUUGUCAACAUUAGUGAUGCUUGCUGUGUUACCAAAUGUUUAUGUCAAAUGUGGAAUUUGAAGUUACAGGUAGCUUACCUUUAAUAUCAAACUAGAAACUUGUAUGGUAUAUGUUAUCAAGGACAUUAUACUUGAUGUUAUGUAUGGAAUACCAAUCUUAUUGAUCUUAACAUUGAAAUUUAUCUGAGAUUAUUGCAUGAGCGAUUACCAUUAAUGUAUUGCAGUUCUGGAAAUUGCCAAAAUGUGUAAUGUCUAUAUUAUGUAGUAUGCCAGUAUUUAUUACCCUAACUUGUCAAACAGUUGAGCAUUGUGGCACUUUUGUCAUAGCUUCAUCACAUAUUGCACUCAAAUACAAAGGAUAAGUAACACCUUCAGAUCACAGCAAUUUACCAUCUUUAAAGGAUAAUCUUUGCAAUUUAAUAAAUCCUAUUAAUAAAGUA